AAAUCACCAGGCGCGGCCCGGAAGCACUUCGGAGACGGGCCUGAGCAGGAGACCGAGGGGGAGCCGGAGCGAACCAGGAUGGCCGAGACGGACCCUAAGACCGUUCAGGACCUCACCGCUGUGGUGCAAACCCUGCUGCAACAGAUGCAGGACAAGUUUCAAACCAUGUCUGACCAGAUCAUUGGCAGGAUUGACGAUAUGAGCUGUCGCAUUGACGACCUGGAGAAGAACAUAGCAGACCUCAUGACUCAGGCCGGCGUGGAGGAGCUGGACGGCGAGAGCAAGAUGGCUGCGAACAAGGCUUCAACUUGCCAAUAAUCUUGGAUGGGGUGUCGGAAGGAGAGAUUUUUACCAGCUUACAGGGAUUUCAAGAUGGCAUUUGUUUGGCUUUGAUUUUUCAACGACUUGUGUGUAAAAGCAUUUUUCUACCGCCAUAGGUUAUGCAUUCCUAAUGUACCUUGUAUAGCUAGAUUUGGAACCGUUUCUAUUCUGAUUUGUUGCCUUUUUGUGGAUUUCACACAGUUCUUUUGAAUGGUCACAUUCUGUAUGCUUCAGUUCUUAGAAAUGCAGUUUUGAUGGAGUUCAGCUAAAAUACUAACGUUUGAAUGGAUUUUUGUGAAAUCACAUUCGGGGGUGGGGGGGAACCCCUUUCCUCUUAACGAGGUUUUCUGUUUAGUUCUUUUUGUAAUUCUUUUCACUUGGGUGGCUAAAAUUUCUAUCCGCCUGAGCAGCAGAUUUGUCAUAUGUGCAUGAGACGAUUUUGUGGAGUCAGGCACAAGAAUAAAACUCAGUGUUCUAAAAACUGUCAG